GUCCAGUUGGACUUUGUUGGCUCAUCAAUCAAGUUCAAGACCAGAAAGAAAAGCCAGUGGGUGAAGACAGGCAACUGCAAAAGAAAGCAUGAAGUGAAGCUGAAUUAAAAAACUUUUUGGAUAUAAAGGAAAAAAGAUGCAGAGCAGCCUGCUGGGAUCGCUGGUUCUGCUCAGCUGCUUGAUCGCAUCUGAAGCGCCGCCGACUAAAUAUUACAUACAUUUCACCUUCGGUUUGACGUGGGACGAGGCGCAGCAUUUCUGCAAGAGCUAUUACACCGACUUGGCCACCAUCUCUACGGCCUCAGACAUGGACAGCAUGGACUUGAAGCAGUACCUGGUGUGGGUCGGCCUUUACAGAAGAUGGUGGAGCUGGAAAUGGUCUGAUGGAGCGUACUAUCACGUCUCAGACUGGGGGAAGAAUGAGCCACACCAGGAAUACUGUGCCUCCGUCUAUUUCAGUAACAAAAAGAUUUAUUCCAGAGAUUGUGGAACUCGUCUGAUGUUUGUCUGUCGGGAUGGAGAAGAAUACACGUUUGUAAAUGAGACGAAGACUUGGCUGGAGGCCUUGGACUACUGCAAGUCCCAGAACGGAAAUCUGGCCAGUUUCAGCAGCUCCGACAUGAACCAGAUCUUUACUGAGUUUGACUUUCCCAUCUGGAUUGGACUGCGCAGAGGAGGUGGGAGCUCAUUCAGCUGGAGUUCGGGGGAUUCAGGGGUUACAAGCUGGAAACAUGGCGAGCCGAGCAGCGACGCCAACUGCGUGGCCUUGUCCUCGCUGAGCAGGCUGAUGGCCACCGAGCCCUGCGACGUCCGGCUUCCCUUCGUCUGCAUGUGGGACGGGAACGUCAACGUGCUGCUGGUGACGGAGGAGAAGAGCUGGGAGGAGGCGCUGGAGCACUGCCGGGGCCUCAGCAGAGACGGCCUCCGCUUCGACCUGGUCAGCGUUCAGCCUGGAGACGAACACCAGUACAUGAUGGGCAAAAUCAUGGCGGCAGACACCGAGGAGGUGUGGACCGGCCUCCGUUUCCUGGGCGAUGAGUGGGUGUGGGUGAACGGAGCAGCGAUGACCUCUGACCUGCCUCAGUGCCCCAUGCUGGAGCAGCACUGCGGAGCGUUAUCCAAGAACGACACCGGCAGCGUGGAGCCCAGAGACUGCUCAGAGCGGAAAAACUUCCUCUGCUACAGUUUUGCUGCCUAAACUUUAGUUUACCUGUUAGAAACAUUGGCGUACUCCCUAUUUAACCCAGAAAAGGAUUAUUUUAGUUUAUUAGUAGUAUCAGAAAUUGUGGAAUACGCACUAUGUAGAUUAAUAUUAUACAGCCCAGAAAA